AUGGAGUUCUCCGAGAGGAAGAGGAGCAGGAAAUCCCAGAGCUUCAAACUGCCCAGCGGAGAUUAUCACCAUGAGGUAUAUAAGAUGUCAGAAUUCAGCAGUGAUGUCAAUGGGGAGGCCAAAGAGACACAACCCAUUUUUUUAGGAGGUGAAAGCAUGGAAAUUAAAAAACAAAUUACAGGAAUGAGAAGAUUACUGAAUGACAGCACUGGGAGGAUCUAUCAGCGUGUUGGCAAGGAAGGAGAGAAGUUAAAAGAAGAACCCCAGGAUUUGGACUUGGUCUGGCCUCAGCGUUUGAACUCCUCUGCUGAGGCCCCACAGAGCCUCCACCCUUCUUCUCGGGGUGCUUGGAGUGAGUUCCCAGCCCAGAGCGGCCCGUUCUCAGGGCAGUCUGGCCCCCGCUCGAGAACCUUCCAGAGUCAGCCCCUCCCUGCUGGGAGCUCCAACGGAGAACUUCCAGGGGUAAAUUCAUCAGUUGGAUCAAACUGCUGCACUUGUAACUGCCAGUCAACAUUGCAGGCCAUUCUCCAAGAACUCAAGACCAUGCGGAAAUUAAUGCAACUUCAAGCAGUUGGAACCCCAAACCGACAACAACCCCCAAUUUCCCUUAUAUGCUCCCAGCGAACUGCUGUCUCACGCAAGAGAAAUAAAAAGAAAAAAGUGCCCCCAAAGACUGUUGAACCUCUUCCUGUGAAGCAGAAGCCCAGUGUGUUAGAGACUGAGAAGAAGACAGGUGUGGCCUCAGAGCAGGCGGCCCUGCAGGCAGCUGAGCGCACUUCCACGGGGGAGAACCACGUCCUAGGAUUUGGCAUUGUUCUGGAAUCACCUUCCUCAGAUCCAGAAGUGCAACUUGCUGAAGGCUUUGAUGUGUUUAUGCCUAAAUCUCAGCUGGACUCUAUAUUGUCAAACUACACUCGCUCAGGAAGCCUUCUGUUUAGAAAACUGGUGUGUGCGUUUUUUGAUGACAAGACUUUGGCUAACUCCUUACCCAAUGGGAAGAGGAAAAGAGGACUCAAUGACAACCGGAAAGGACUAGACCAAAAUAUUGUGGGUGCAAUAAAAGUCUUCACAGAAAAGUACUGUACUGCUAAUCAUGUGGAUAAACUUCCUGGCCCGAGAGACUGGGUACAGAUUCUACAGGAUCAAAUUAAACUGGCCAGAAGAAGGUUAAAAAGAGGCUCAGUCUUGGAUCACAUGCACUUCCAUUGUCCCUACAUCACCACUCUUCAUAAAUGGCGGCGAAAUUGUGUCAGUGGACCCACCAAAGAGAUGCUGGAUGGCUCCGAGAGAAUUGAUAACUAA